GGUAAUGACGAGACAACCGCGUUGAGGCAGGACCGAGUUUGCCAGAAGGGUCCGAGCCGGCGGUUGACAGAGUUCGAACUAGUGUGCAUCCGUGAUCGCUAUUGAUGAGUAAUUUUCGUUCCAAUCUGGCCGACAAUAAUCCGACUUUUCAACUGUUUUCCUCUAAAAAUGUACGACAGGUAGUGCCAGGACAAUGACGAAGAAACGGAAGAAGAUGCGGAUUUCGAAGGGGAAGCUUAUGAAGGAUAAUGGUGCAACAGGAAUCGGUGAGCCAAGCAUCUACCAUGCACUGAUAGUCAUCUUCUUAGAGUUCUUUGCAUGGGGACUCCUCACCAAUCCAAUGCUUACGGUGCUAGACGACACAUUCAAAGAACACACCUUUCUGAUGAAUGGACUGGUCCAGGGGGUUAAGGGUAUUUUAUCUUUCUUGAGUGCGCCUUUACUGGGAGCUCUGUCCGAUGUGUGGGGGCGCAAAUCCUUCCUACUGCUCACCGUGUUCUUCACCUGCAUGCCCAUACCCCUCAUGAGAGUCAGUGCGUGGUGGUUCUUUGCCAUGCUGUCAGUCUCAGGUACGUUUGCCGUCACCUUCUCCAUCAUCUUUGCUUACGUGGCUGACAUCACAGACGAGUCGGAGAGAAGCUCAGCCUACGGUCUGGUCUCGGCCACGUUUGCGGCAAGCCUCAUCACCAGCCCGGCGCUGGGCACCUACCUGGGCAACGUCUACGGCGACAACGUUGUGGUGUUCCUAGCCACGGCGGUGGCGCUGUGCGACGUGCUGUUCAUCCUGGUAGCCGUGCCGGAGUCGCUGCCGGAGAAGGUGCGGCCGGCGUCCUGGGGCGCCGCCAUCUCGUGGGAACAAGCAGAUCCAUUCAAUUCAUUGCGUAAAGUAGGUCAAGAUUUUACGGUACUGAUGUUGUGUAUAGCAGUCUUCUUGUCAUAUCUACCUGAGGCAGGCCAGUACUCCUGUAUAUUCCUCUACCUUAGAAUAGUUGGUCAAUUCACUGAGCAGCAAGUCCCAGCCUACAUAGCCGUGGUAGGGGUGCUGUCGGUACUAACACAGACGAUAUUAUUAGGAAUUUUAAUACGCACCAUGGGCCACAAGCACACCAUCAUGCUAGCGUUGGUCUGCGAGAUGUUGGAGUUGAUGUGGUACGGGUUCGCAUCCCACCAAUGGAUGAUGUGGGUGGCUGGCAUCAUUGCCUCCGUCUGCAGCAUCAACUAUCCUGCCAUCAGUGCACUGGUCAGCAGGAGUUCAUCCGCGGAUAAGCAAGGUGUUGUGCAGGGAAUGAUCACCGGCAUCCGCGGGCUGUGCAAUGGUCUGGGUCCCUGUCUCUUCGGGGUGAUCUUUUACUUCUUUGAUGUGAAUCUGGACAUCAAGAGCAAAGAGGACACCGGCAAGGGGAACGACACCGCACCAAACAGUCAUUCCGUCAUGCCCGGCCCGCCGUUCGUCUUCGGUGCCUUCCUGGUCAUCGUGGCCCUCCUCUUCGCCUACUUCAUCCAGUCCUCCGAUUCCGGCAGCAGAUCGUCAGACCCCGCCCACUCCUCCCAACUCUCCCCGCGCAGCGUUGAGGGCAGCAAACCCCUCCUGGCCGACGUGGAGACGGGUCACGGCGGCAACGUCACGCUGGUGGACGAGGACAAUCCUUGAAAUGGUGCUCCUUAACAAGUCAGUUUAUCAUCAAAGACGAUUUCUUAUAAAUCAUAAGUAGGUCUGUGCACAGUACGCAUAUUUGACUGUUGUUUGUUUGGGAAUAUUAAUAUGCCUGUUGUUUGUUUGGGAAUAUUAAUAUGCCUGAUGUUGUGUGUGGAUUCAGUGUAAGAACAGUACAUUGCACUGUAUUGCCUACGUGCGAAUGUCAGUGCACAGAGCAUGCCCAUUGCAUACACUGGUUGCACGAGUCAACGUAGGCCAUCCUCAGGUCGACCUUGCGACGACACAGACCAGUCGG